GCCAUGGUUUCCUGGAGUGAGGAUGAUGACAGCAGUGAAGGUGAGCACGGCAGGUAUUACCAGUACGCCACCUCAGGUUCAGACGACGGCAUCGUGAAGAUCCCUGCUACCACGGAUGACUCCGAAUUCGAGGGCAAUGAUUAUGUUUUGUGCCAUGAACACCGGAAGCGAGCAGAAAGACUUGUUGCUUUCGAGGGCAUCCAUACUGGCAGGAGGUUCCUUGCUUGUGCUGUGAAGGUAUGUGUCAAAUUUCUGCUAAUUAGCUGCUGUGGGCAUCCAUAUUGGUCAUUGUUUAGUACUGAUUUUGGUAGUUAG